AUGAAGUCCAAUCAGGCUACCACAACUGUUGUCGUUUGCACCGUCUUCCCCAUAUUUGCAUUGCUUGCAGUGUGUCUUCGGGUGUAUUCCCAAAAACUCAAAGGCAAUAACGUCCAUGCCGACGAAUACAUCAUCUUUUCUGGCCUGGUAGUCGUGUAUGUGCUAUGCGGUUUGAUGGUUUAUGGGGCUGCGGACGGUGGAGUGGGAUGGCAUAUUCAAGACUUGCAAGGACGGGCGGGACGCGCCUAUAUCAAAAUUAUCUUCUUUGGCCUACUUCUCUGGGCUGCCUCGAUCACUUUGGUCCGGAUAAGCCUCCUUGUCUUCUAUCGGCGGAUUUUCACGUUGAAACCUUUCCAAAUUGCCAAUAAUGUCCUGAUCGGUGUCAAUAUAGCGUGGUUUACCUCGUUAUUCUUUGGAGCAAUAUUCUCGUCCUCCUUGGAGACGAUAGUUCAGGCUAGGAUCAAUUAUCCCGCUUGGCUUCUUGUCAAUGGUACUUUGGACAUGGUCCUGGACAUUAUGACGCUCUGUAUGCCUCUUUUUGUCAUUAGGACACUUCAAAUCGGUGUCAAGAAAAAGUUCACGUUGGCCGGGAUCUUCUCGCUAGGCUUUUUCUGCAUUGUUGCUUCCGCUGUCCGUCUGGGGUAUUAUAUACAGCUUAUCAAAAUGAGACAGGCUGAUCGCCAUUUUUCCACUAUCACUUUCAACUGUGUCCUCUGGUCAGUUAUCGAGCCAUGUGCCUCGAUCAUUGCAGCUUGCCUUCCCACAUAUGGCCCUUUGUUCGAAGAAGGCCAUGGAUUAACUACCAUCUUUCGCUCUAUUGCGUCCAAGGUUCCCCUCACAAGCAACAAGUCUCACAUUUCCCUUUUCUCCGCCCAUGAGGACCAGCUUCAAAAGAUGUACCGAAACAAGACGCAAUCAAGCUCCAAGGAGAGACUCAAGAACAACACUGUUGGAAACGAAUUUGAGAUACCCGUUGCGUAG